AUGGAGUUCAAGUUUAGUAUAAAGAAUGUGGCCACCGAAGAAGUGAUGAAGAUAGACAACACGCUAACCGCUUUCGGACACGAGCAAAAUGACGACUUGAAAGACAAAAUGAAAUUGAUCAUCGAUGAGAUGGGUAAAGCUUCGGCUGUUGCUCAAGAAUUGAAGUUGCCUGUCACCAGCGCCGAUAAACUGGCCAAUUCUGAUCAUAUUCUCUACUUGAUGACAGAACACGAUAAACCAGAACAUUUCAGUGUUGUUGGGAUUUUGAAGAUGGGAUGGAAAAAAUUAUACCUGUAUAACAAAGCUGGCUCGCGAUCAGAAGCGAUGGUUUACUGUUUAUUAGAUUUCUACAUACAUGAGUCAAAACAGCGUAAAGGUUAUGGAAAACGUUUGAUCGAAUGCAUGUUACAGGAUAUAAAUUUAGAUGCCAAACAUUUAGCUAUUGACAAGCCAACUAAAAAAUUAUUGCAAUUUAUGUGGAAGCAUUUUCAAUUAUCUAAAUUGGUAAAUCAAGGAAAUAAUUUUGUAAUAUAUGAGGAAUUUUUUGAUGAUGCGUCUGACGAUAAGAAUCAUGAUAAUAGUGGACAUAGAGCCGUUGCAUAUAAACGGCAGCCAAUGUUUGGACGGCAUGGUGCCCAUAAGCAUCAUGAUACAAUGGGCGAGAUAGUACAAGGUGACGGCGAUGCAGCAUUUGUGAAGUUCAAGUACAACCAUGACACUGACUUUGUUGAUAAUCAAUUCAAGGAAGUCAAUCCACAUCCUGAAAAUAAAGGUGCAUUUAAAACUGACCAGGAUGGAAACUCUGUGAAACGAGACCUUAAGUUUCAUCACAACUCUUUGUGGUAACCAAAACUAACAAUGUAUCCAAACAAUUGUACUAUUCCAAUCCACAUGCACAUGCAGAAGUAUAAUUGUAUAGAUAUUUUUGCUUAACAGCUUAACCCAAAUGCAACUUUCAAAAUAUACUUUUAUAUUAUAUGCUGUACUUAAAUAAUAUUCCUUAGUAUUUUU